AUGAUAGUAUUUCUUGAAUAUGCUGUCCUUGUGAUGGCAUUUUUUACACCACCAGUUUUUUGUACAUCUCUCCUCGUUAUUCUUCUUGCAUCAAUUGGUAAAUCACUUGGAAUAAGAGAAUUUUAUGUUAAGUGUUUAAUGUUAAUGUUUGAAUGGGGUGCAAAAAUGAAUUAUAAAAAACCAUUACGCAAUAGAUUAAAAGUAAAAUUAGGAAGUGAUAGUGAAACAGAAGAAGAAAAUGACUAUGAUAAUUAUUAUGAUAGUGCAAAUGUCACAAGUUAUGAUGAUGGAAAUUCAGAAGAAGAUAAUAAAUCAUCAAAUGGUUGGUUAUCAAGAAAACAUUCUGUUGGUAGUGUUCCUGGUGACAUUAGUCCUAAAGCUGAUUCUGGUGUUUAUCCUGAAUGUGGUUUAUCAAGAAUUAGUUCAUCUAAUAGUCUCCUUAGAAGACAUGGUUCAAGUGCAUCAAUUAUUAAAAGAGAAACAACAAUGACAUUUGAUGAUGAUUAUAUUGAUGAUGUUGAAGAACAAAUUGUAAAUAGUCGUGGUUGGGCUGCUAUAAAUGAUUCAUUAGAUUUUAUGAAAGCAGGAAUAGAAGCUGUUAUAGAGGAUGAAGUAACUUCAAGAUUUGAAGCUGAAGAAUUAGUUUGUUGGAAUAUGUUAACAAGAACAUCACGUGGUUUUGAUUUUUCAAUUAAUUGGAAGCUAAGCAUUUUAUGGAUUGUUGGAUUCUUUUUUAGAUAUACAAUUCUUUUUCCAGUACGGGUUGUUUUAUUCAUUAUUGGUCUUGGUAUUCUUGUUAUUGGGACAGCAAUAACAGGUCUUAUUCCAAAUAGUAGUUUUAAAAGACUUAUUUAUGAGAAAUGUAUGCUAGUUGCUCAUAGAACAUUAGCACGAUCUGUUACAGCAUUGAUUCAUUUUCAUAAUCAGCAAUAUAGAGUAAAAACAGGUGGGAUAUGUGUAGCAAAUCAUACAUCACCUAUUGAUGUUUUAAUUCUUGGUACUGAUAAUUGUUACGCUUUAAUUGGCCAAAAACAUGGUGGUUUAUUAGGUCUUCUUCAAAGAGCUUUUAGCAGAGGAAGUAGUCAUAUAUGGUUUGAAAGAAGUGAAGCAAAAGAUCGUGCACUUGUUUCAAAAACAUUAAAAGAACAUGUAACUGAUGAAACAAAAUUGCCUAUAUUAAUAUUUCCUGAAGGUACAUGUAUUAAUAAUACAUCUGUAAUGAUGUUUAAAAAGGGAAGUUUUGAAGUUGGUGCUACAAUAUAUCCAAUAGCUAUGAAAUAUGACUCAUUAUUUGGUGAUGCUUUUUGGAAUAGUAGUCGUCAAAGUUAUUGUGAAUAUGUUUUUCGUAUCAUGACAUCAUGGGCACUAAUUUGUCAUGUAUGGUAUCUUCCACCAAUGACAAGAUUUGAAAAUGAAAGUGCUGUUGAAUUUGCAAAUAGAGUAAAAAAAGUUAUUGCGCAAGCUGGAGGUUUAGUUGAUUUAGAAUGGGAUGGACAAUUAAAACGAAUGAAAGUACCAGAAAAGAUGAUUCAUAAACAAAGACAAAGGUAUUUUAAUAGAUUAUCACGUUAUACAAGUUGUUCAAAUCCAACAAAAAAUCAAUUAAAUGAAUUUUAUGAUUCUGAUAGAUAUGAAUAA